UCUUUUUUCAUUGGACGUGACGCAAUUACUUCUGGCUUUUCAUUGGCUGUUCAAGCAACACGAGAAUUUCGAACUUUGCAGGCUGCUUGUCUGUUUUUGUAGGAAGCAUGUUAUAACGUUUCGUGGCGGACCACGUUAGAUGGAAAACUACUUUUAGCACCCUUUUUUUCGACUUUCUUUUUAAGAAGCUUAAGUUUCGUAACAUGCAAUUUGCUUUUACGUUUCUUUUCGUGUUUUAAAUGGCUGAAACGGCAAAUUCAGCACGACGAAGAUUCUUGGACUUCAGUCCGGUGAGGGAAAAUGAAGCUAACAAGGAGAAUGAUGCACCGGUUCUGAGCUUGAUCCAGUUUUCAAAACCUCCCUUUGUCACAUUUGGCACGGUAAAGUUGGGAACUACGAAGUCGGUUGUUCUGCAAAUUGAGAACCCCACAGAUGAUGUUGAAGCCGAGGUCACCGUUGAUAAGUGUCCAUCGCGGAAAGGCUUCUCUGUGGAUCAUAACACUUUCACAAUUCAGCCUGAGGGCUCAUUCAGUUUGACAGUAACCUGGACUCCAGUAGAGGAAGGUGGGAUAAGGGAGCUCAUCAUCUUCAAUGCCAAUGGGGUCCUCAAGCACCAGGCAAUUCUGCUGGGGAGAGCAGAAGGCCCUAAAAAGAAAAAGAAAAGCCUAUGGGACACGAUCAAAAACAAAAGAGACAUGGAAAAAAUAAGUGCACCAAGGAAAAAGAAAACACAGUGCCCACUGAAAAUGUCAGCCAACAAAACUUUCCAAGUGUCUCAAAAGCCGCAUUAUAAACGUGACAAGCCCCGCAGCCCUCUUGCUUCGAUUAAUGACGGAAAAUAUGCCAGACAGAGAUGCUUAACAAAAAACGGCACGACUGACAUUUACUGUUCAAAAGUAGAGGACCAGAGGGCUUCACAUUCUAAACGGAGGCAUCAGCCCCAGGCCUUGCCCAAGCAGGAGAUGAUCCAUACUUUUCAGGUGAAAUCUCCUGUGGUCUUAGUUGUUCCAGGUGCAGAGCUCAUGGACUAUGGCAACAUUUCUGCCAGUCAAAACACUCUGGCAGAAAAACCUGAAAACAAGGAUCUUACUAGAAUGCUCAACAGGACUUUGUCGCCAAUUGGGACACCCGAGUCCUUUAAGAGGUUGAUGCCGCAUAUUGAGUCAGAGAGCCCACUUUCUGCCUCCGUAAAGUCAGCUGGUGAAGAAGCUCCCCGUGUGUCAGCCGGAAGUCCUGUUCUUUCUUUAAAGGAUGCGCUGGCCCUCAUAGACUCUGACCUAAGUGUUAUUAACUCCAGUCCCUGUGACAGAAGUUCCAGCUGUGAAUUUUCAGAUUCACUGGAAUCUAAAAGUGUCCACGAUUGUGGACCUGACACAAAUCCCCUCAGAGCCUUGCCUGAUAGCCCAGCGCCACCUGACUCCAAUGAGCAAAGGCUGACUUUCUUUGUUAGUAAGAAGACUGUCGUUUCAGGAGAUGACGAAGUCAAAGAGAAGGUAAAAAAGGCCUCUUUUACAUCUGCCACAGUUAUUAAGAACAAAGCACCCACAGAGACAAACACUUCUAGUGGAAGGAAAGUAAAGAAAUCCCGACGGCGUCUCUUAGAGAAAACGCUUGAACUCUCUGAAGGACGCAGCCAGUGUGAUUCUCCACCAGACACACCAGAACUGCCAGUCAUAGAGCUGGAGACGGGCAAGACCCUGUGUGAUGAGAUGCCCGGUGUCCCAGAGUUUACCUCCUCCAGUCCAGCAAGAAGGCCGAGCACCUCACCAGCAUCUGUCACCUUUCCGGUCUCCUCCCCUCCAUGCUUGGCUCUUUCUCACUUCUCUUUCUCAGUCACCUCUCUGCCUUCCUCAGUACCGGCCCCCACCACAUUUAACAUAACCCCUCCACUGUCAGUGGGCUCAGCACCAUCUAUACCAGAGCAGUCGCCAACUCCCUCCAUUCAGGAAGAGUUGUUUCCCGUUCAUGUGGCAGGAAAGGCCAACAAAAGAAAGAGUGAAGAGUUUUUAAAGUGUGGCGGGAAGAUUGAUGUCGCUGAGAAACCCGAGCAGGUGAAAAGGAGCAGGGUAGUGGUUGGAAAAACGGAGCCACCAAGAUCAGUUCAGGAGAGGAGAAUUGCAUCACAGCGGCCGAGAGCAGCCGGAUCAGCACACUCCGUGACAUCGUCGUCUCUCAGAACAAGGAGGUCUGUCGUUCCUGCUAAAAUGAAACAACCAAAUCCCAAAGUUGUCUCAAAAGGUGCUUCAUCUCUGGGGGCGUUCGGUGCGCCAUCUGUGAAGAUGUCAAAAUUGGUUGCGGUGGCACAGUCAAAGCUGGCCUUCAUCAAGCCUAACCAAACAGCCAUACCAAGACACCCAAUGCCAUUUGCUGCCAAGAACAUGUUCUAUGACGAGAGGUGGAUUGAGAAGCAGGAGAGAGGAUUCACGUGGUGGAUCAAUUACGUCCUCACCCCCGACGACUUUAAAGUUAACACUGAAGUCGCUAAAGUGAACGCUGUGUCUCUUGCCAUGGGCACCGACAACAAGUUCAGCGUCCCUAAAGCUCCCACCAAAGAAGAGAUGUCUUUCAGCACUUACACAGCGAGACGGAAACUAAACCGGCUCCGUCGUUCCGCCUGUCAGUUGUUCGCAUCUGAAACCCUGGUCAAGGCCAUUCAGAGGCUGGAACUGGAGGUGGAGGCAAGGCGGCUUCUCGUCCGGAAAGACCGCCACCUCUGGAAAGAUAUAGGUGAACGCAAAAAAGUCUUGAACUGGCUUUUGUCAUACAAUCCCCUGUGGCUACGAAUUGGUCUUGAGACGAUCUUCGGGGAGUUGAUCUCCCUCGAGAGCAACAGUGACGCCUUGGGUCUGGCCUUGUUCAUCCUUCAGCGGCUGCUGUGGAACCCUGACAUCGCUGCAGAGUUCAGACACCCCAGAGUGCCUAACCUUUACAAAGAUGGCCACGAGGAGGCGCUGUCUCGCUUCACUCUGAAGAAGCUUCUCCUGCUGGUCUGUUUCUUGGACAAAGCCAAAGAAUCCCGUCUGAUUGAGCACGACCCUUGUCUGUUCUGUGUGGAUGCAGAGUUCAAGGCAAGUAAAGACCUGCUUCUGGCCUUCUCAAGGGAUUUCCUAAGUGGGGAGGGGAUCCUCCCACGCCACCUGGCCUAUCUCGGGUUACCGGUCUCCCACGUUCAGAUGCCACUUGACGAGUUCGAUUUCGCCGUGAAAAAUUUGGCAGUUGACCUGAAAUGUGGCAUUCGUCUAGUGCGAGUGAUGGAGCUGAUGGUUCAGGACUGGAGUUUGUCUGCAAAGCUCCGUCUGCCUGCCAUCAGCCGCCUGCAGAAGGUUCACAACGUCGACAUCGCCCUGCAAAUGCUCCAAAGCAAAGGCAUCGACCUCAAGGAUGAACACGGUGCUGUCAUUGACUCAAGAGAUAUCGUGGAUGGACAUAGAGAAAAAACACUGAGUCUCCUGUGGAAAAUCAUCUUUGCUUUCCAUGUGGAGGUGGUUCUGGAUGAGGAUCAGCUGAGAGAGGAGAUUGGCUUCCUGACGAAAACCCUGACGACUAAACGGAGACUGGCCUCUUUGAGGGCCGACCGCCGAGUUCAGCCCAGUCCCUCCGAGUCCCGGCUGCCGUACGAACACACGAGCACCAGGAUUUCUUUGCUGAUGGACUGGGCCCGUGCUGUGUGUGGCUUCUACAACCUGAAGGUGGAGAACUUCACCGUGGCCUUCUCAGACGGCCGCGUCCUCUGCUACCUCAUCCACCACUACCACCCCGGCCUCCUGCCAGAGGCAUCCAUCAGUCACAGCACCACACAGACUGUGGAGUGUUCACCCAGGGGCCGCCUGGAGCUCAGCUGCUCAGCCAGCGACUCUGACAGCUCCUUCGACUCCUUCCCAUCAGGCCUGAAAGAGCCAAAUUCUCCAUCACUGGAAUUCAAAGAGCUUCUUGAGAACGAGAAGAACAACUUCAGGCAUGUUAAUAGUGCUGUGGCUUUCCUCGGCGGAGUUCCAGCCAUGAUCAACCUGGCCGACAUGUCCAACACCAUCCCAAAUGAGAAGGAAAGAAACAAGGCAGCAGCAAAAAUCCAGGUGUUGGUGAGAAGUUUUCUUCAGAAGCAGAGAGCUAAAGGGCAGAUUAAGGCCGCUAUUGUCAUUCAGUCAGUCUGGAGGGGUUAUCUCGCUCGCAACAGACUGAGGCUGAAGAAAGCGGCUGAGAUUCGAGCUAUGCAGAACAAAGCAGCCACUCUCAUCCAGGUUCAGUGGAGGAUGCUUUCGGCCUCAAGGGCUUACCAACGUCUCAGAUAUUACACCAUUGUGGUCCAAGCACAAUGGCGCAUGAGGAAGGCAGCCACUGCUUAUGGAAAAAUCUAUCGGGCAGCCUCAGUUAUUCAGAAGUAUUUGCGAGCCUGGGCCCUUUCGAAAAAAGAGCAGGAACGCUAUCUCCUUCUCAGAACCGCUGUUGUGAAGAUACAGAGAACAUACAGAAGGCGGAAAACUCUGAGAACACAGAGGGAAAACAAUGCUGCCAAAGUAAUACAAGGCGCUUUUAGGAAAUGGUACAAGAAGAAGCUGGCAGAAAGAAAUGUUGCUGCUCUAAGAAUUCAGUCCUGGUUCCGAAUGCAGUUUUGUCUCCGUCAGUACCGAAAGAUCAAGAGAAGUACUGUGCUCAUUCAAGCGCUGUGCAGAGGCCGUAGACAGAGACUGCGCUUUCAGAUGCUAAAGCUGCAGCACCGCUCUGCUGCCGUUAUCCAGAGUGCCUUCAGAGGACAUGUUGUCAGGAAAUGUAUGGCAAGGCAGAGGUUUGCUGCCAUCACAAUCCAGCGCAGGUUCAGAGCCUCUGUGAAAAGAGACGCCCAAAGAAAAAUGUUUGUGAGGCUGAGGCAUGCGGCCGUUACCAUACAGGCAGCUUACAGAGGAAAGGUGACCCGAGAUUUACUAAAAGAGCAAUGCAAAGCGGCAACAACGAUCCAGGCAGCUUUUAGGAAACAUGCUGCUCAAAGAGAGUAUUUUGUCUUGAGAAAUGCCACAUCAAUUAUACAGAAAAGGUAUAGAGCUAAACUAUUGGCCCGCAAGACAAAGAAGGAAUAUGAUGCACUCAGAAAUGCUGCGCUGGUCUUACAAGCUAACUGGAGAGGCAGAGCCGACAGGAAGAAGAUUGAGAUGUGGCAUCGGUGUGCAACGCUAGUACAGACUUGCUAUCGUCGGCACAAAGCACAGACAGAGUACAGGUCCCAGAGGGCAGCGGCUGAAGUAAUACAGCAUUACUACAGAGCAUUUGUGGCUGGAAAAAAGAUGCGGAGUGCAUAUAUACUGAAGAAAGCAGCAUGUAUUACUCUCCAAGCUGGAUUCAGAGGCAUGAAAGUUAGGAAAGAGCUGAGGAGAAAGCACCAGGCUGCAACAGUCAUUCAGUCUUUGGUUAGGAUGUUCUUACGUAGGAAGAAAUAUUUUCUGCUUCAGAGUGCAGCAAUUAUCAUCCAAAGUCAAUACAGAGCUGUUCUGCUCUGCAGGACCCAGCAAAAUGAGUUCAGACAACUAAAGCAGGCCACCAUAACCAUACAAGCUGUUUUCCGAGGCCUUAAAGUGAGACGGGACCUAAAAAUGAAGCAUGAUGCUGCCAGAACAAUCCAAGCUCAGUUCAGGAGGCACAGAUGUCAUAUGGCUUACCUAGCCACCAGAUACGCUGCCAUUGUUAUUCAGCAGCGCUACCGUGCUACUAAGCUCAGGGACGAACACGUGCGGGGUUACAGAACAAUUAAAUCUGCAGCUGUAGUCAUCCAGGCAGCAUAUCGUGGGAACAGGGCCAGGAGGAGAAUUGCAGAGAUGCAUCAAGCCGCUAAAGUCAUACAGAGAAAGUUCCUGACCAUGCAGGCUAGAAAGCAGUUCCUGGCUAUCAAGGCAGCAACUUUGACAUGUCAGCACAAAUACAGAGCAUUGACCCUGGCAAGAAAACACCAUCUGGACUAUCUGUUACAGCGCAGGGCAGUUGUUUGCCUGCAGGCAGCCUACAGAGGUUAUGCAGUGAGAAAACAGCUGCGUAUUAGGCAAAUGGCAGCUGUAACUAUUCAGUGUCACUUCAGAAUGUACCAGCAGAGAACAUACUACACGAAGCUCCGCUGGGCUUGUUGUGUAUUGCAACAACGUUACAGAGCUAAGAGAAUUAUGAAAGCAGAAAUGCACGCUCUGACUUCCAAAAGGAAAGCUGCUGUGGUCUUACAAGCUGCCUUCCGUUCCAUGAAAUCGAGGCAAAUGAUCAAACAUAGACAUCAGGCUGCCUCCAUCAUCCAGAGAGCGUACAGAACGCACUGCCAGCACAGGAGCUACCUCACAUUGAGAUCUUCCGUCUUCAAAAUUCAGCGGAGAUAUCGAGCCAAAGCGGCAAUGCUGAAACAAAGAAGGCUCUAUGAGAACAGCAGAAGGGCAGCGGUCCUCCUUCAGGCAGCGCACAGAGGGCAGCAGGUCAGAAGGACGGUGGCACGUUGGCAUCAGGCUGCCACUGUGAUCCAAUCAGCAUUCAGAAGGCACAGAGAGGAAGUCAAAUUCCAGGCCAUGUGUCUGUCGGCCAUCAUUAUCCAGAGGCGCUUUAGGGCUCUUCUUCUCCAAAGGCGAGACAGAGCAAAAUUCCUCAGGUUGAGACGGUCAGUUGUUGUUAUUCAGGCAGCCAUCAGAGGACAUCGUCUACGUACAAACAUGGCCAAGAUGCACAGAGCAGCCGCCAUCAUUCAGGCAAACUUUAAAGGACAUAAACAGCACAAAGCCUUCAGGAGGCAGCGCUGGGCAGCCUGCGUCUUGCAGCAGCGGUUUAGAGCGCACCGACAGAAAUGCCUCCAAGCCAAGUAUUAUCAAGAGCUUAGAGAAGCUGCCGUUGUUCUACAGGCUGCAUAUCGAGGGAUGAGGUCCAGACAAAUGACCGAACGAAGGCACCAGGCAGCCAGAGUUAUCCAGAGAGCCUUUGGAGCCCACCGAGAGCACAAGAUGCAUCUCGCUGUAAAAGCCUCUGUCCUUACCAUUCAGAGAAGGUAUCGAGCCAGUCUUAUGGCAAAAAAACAAAUGCAAAGAUACCAGGAGAUGCGUAAUGCUGCAGUUUUCCUUCAAGCAGCGUAUAGAGGGCAGCAGGUCAGAAGGACGGUGGCACGUUGGCAUCAGGCUGCUACUGUGAUCCAAUCAGCAUUCAGAAGGCACAGAGAGGAAGUCAAAUUCCAGGCCAUGCGUCUGUCGGCCAUCAUUAUCCAGAAGCGCUUUAGGGCUCUUCUUCUCCAAAAGAGAGACAGAGAAAAAUUCCUGAGGUUGAAACGGUCAGUUGUUGUUAUUCAGGCAGCCGUCAGAGGCCAUCGUCUACGAACAAACAUGGCCAAGAUGCACAGAGCAGCCGCCAUCAUUCAGGCAAACUUUAAAGGACAUAAACAGCAAGAAGCCUUCAGGAGGCAGCGCUGGGCAGCCUGCGUCUUGCAGCAGAGGUUUAGAGCGCACCGACAGAAAUGCCACCAAGCCAAAUAUUAUCAAGAGCUUAGAAAAGCUGCCGUUGUUCUACAGGCUGCAUAUCGAGGGAUGAGGUCCAGACAAAUGACCAAACGAAGGCACCAGGCUGCCAUAGUUAUCCAAAGAGCCUUCGGAGCCCACCGAGAGCACGAGAUGUAUCUCGCUGUGAAAGCCUCUGUCCUUACCAUUCAGAGAAGGUAUCGAGCCAGUCUUAUGGCAAAGAAACAAAUGCAGAGAUACCAGGAGAUGCGUAAUGCUGCUGUUGUCCUUCAGGCAGCUUAUAGAGGGCAGCAGAUCAGAAGGACGGUGGCACGUUGGCAUCAGGCUGCGACUGUGAUCCAGUCCGCGUUCAAAAGGCACAGAGAGGAAGUCAAAUUCCAGGCCAUGCGUCUGUCGGCCAUCAUUAUUCAAAGGCGCUUCAGGGCUCUUCUUCUCCAAAAGAGAGACAGAGCAAAAUUCCUCAGGUUGAAACGGUCAGUUGUUGUUAUUCAGGCAGCCGUCAGAGGCCAUCGUAUACGUACAAACAUGGCCAAGAUGCACAGAGCAGCCGCCAUCAUUCAGGCAAACUUUAAAGGACACAAACAGAAAGAAGCCUUCAGGAGGCAGCGCUGGGCAGCCUGCGUCUUGCAGCAGAGGUUUAGAGCGCACCGACAGAAAUGCCUCCAAGCCAAGUAUUAUCAAGAGCUUAGAAAAGCUGCCGUUGUUCUACAGGCUGCAUAUCGAGGGAUGAAGUCCAGACAAAUGACCAAACGAAGGCACCAGGCAGCCAUAGUUAUCCAGAGAGCCUUCGGAGCCCACCAGAAACGACAGCAAUUUCUAAAACUUAGGUCAUCGGCUGUCACCAUUCAGCGAAAACAUCGAGCCACUGUGGCAGCUAAAGCAGAGAGGGGUAACUUCAUCCAGAGGAGGCAAGCUGCCAUAAUGCUACAGAGACACUGCAGAGCCUGGAGAUCUAGAAAACAGGCGUACGAGUCAGCUCGGGCCGAGAGGAGGCUCCGUUUCACAUCGGCCGUAUUCCAUCAUCUCAGUGCUAUAAAGAUCCAGCGAGCCCUGAGAGCUCACUGGGCUCUGGAGUCUGCAAAACGACAGAUCCAUUCUGUCAUCAGCAUUCAGCGCUGUGUGAGGGCAAAGCAGCAGAGAAGACGAUAUGUGGAGGACAGGAGGAAGGUGAUCACAGCACAGAGAGCUGUCAGGUGCUGGCUAGCCCGCCGGCACAGGGCUGCAUCCGUCAUCCAGCUAGCUGUCCGGAAGUUCCUCCUCCUCAAGCGCCAGGAGAAAGUUGAAAAAGGCAUUGUCAAAGCUCAGGCUCUAUGGAGAGGACAUCACUCCCGCAGGCUGAAUGACAAUCCCAAACUUAUGAAGUUGAGGCAGCGUUUACACCAAGUCUCUGCUAGGGUCCGUGAAGAAGACAGACUAUGCAACAAGACCUCAUCUGCUCUGGAUUACCUGCUGAGAUACAAACACUUCUCAUAUAUUCUGGAAGCACUAAAAAAUCUGGAAACUGCCACCAGACUAUCACCAGAGUGCUGUGAGCGGCUGGUAGAGAGCGGAGCCACUCACGUCAUCUUCACUCUCAUCCGCUGUUGCAACAGGAGCGUCGCUUGCAUGGAGGUCAUCACCUUCUCCAUCCAGAUCCUUCUCAAUCUCUCCAAGUAUCACAUGACUAUAGAAGCUGUGUAUUCGGUGAACAACUCUGUGGAGACGCUGCUGGAUCUGCUGCAGAGAUACCGGGAAAAGGCAGGCGAUAAAGUGGCUGAAAAAGGGGGCAGCAUCUUCACCAAAACCUGCUUCCUUCUCGCCCUCCUGCUGCAGGACAAGCAGCGUGCUGAGGAAGUCUCAAAGCUUCCCAAGGCCUUGGAUAGGAUUUGCAGUAUUUACCGCCUCACAGUCCGGAAACACCAGAUGGAUGCAGAGAGAACCAUCGUCAAACAAAAGAUGAAUGCCUCGGUUAACGGGAGCUUCUAUGUCCCCGCAACUCCUCGGAAAUCCCGCCCCGUGCAAAAGUUUGCGCCAGACUGGGUCCUCAGGAAAGACAAGCUCAAAGACAUCGUGGAUCCUCUGAGAGCCAUUCAGAUGGUGGCAGACACACUGUCCAUUGUUCUAUAA